UUAAAAUUGAAUAAAAGAGUUUCGGAAGGUUUACCUCCGCGCUCCCUCUUAAUGCCUCGUCUUCAUAAACCGACGGCGUGAAUAUUCAGGCGGGAACGAAAUGAAGAAGUCAUCGCUUCCAUUGCGCGGUAGAAUCGGCCCCGGAAAUCAUGAGUAUAGCAACGAAUCCUUGGUGAAGCUCUUAAGGUGGCAUUUCGGACAUUCUGAGUUUAGAGGAAAGCAAUUGGAAACGAUUAAAGCUGUUUUGUCAGGAAAAGAUUGUUUCUGUCUCAUGCCCACUGGGGGAGGAAAGUCAGUGUGUUAUCAGAUCCCUGCUCUCGCUACAAAGGGAAUCGUGCUUGUUGUUUGUCCCUUAAUAGCGUUGAUGGAAAACCAAGUGAUGGCGUUGAAGGAAAAAGGGAUUUCGGCUGAAUAUCUAUCCUCAACUCAGUCAAUACAAGACAAAAAAAAAAUCCAUGAAGAUCUUGAUUCUGGUAAACCUGCCUUAAGGCUUCUCUACGUUACACCUGAAUUAAUUGCAACACCAGGAUUUAUGGCAAAACUGAUGAAAAUUUAUUCUCGAGGAUUGCUAAGUCUGAUUGCUAUAGACGAGGCACAUUGUAUUUCAACGUGGGGCCAUGACUUCAGGCCUGGCUACCGCAAGCUUUCUUCUUUGAGGAGUCGUCUUCCUAAUGUUCCUAUACUUGCCUUGACAGCUACUGCUGCUCCUAAGGUCCAGAAGGAUGUGAUAGCAUCCUUGGGCUUGCAAAACCCUCUAGUUCUUAUGUCUUCAUUUAAUCGUCCGAAUAUAUAUUACGAAGUUCGAUAUAAAGAUCUUUUGGAUGAUCCACUUGCCGAUUUGUCUAAGCAGCUGAAAGCUAGUGGAGAUGUCUGUGGAAUCAUCUAUUGCCUAGAACGUGCAUUGUGUGACCAAUUGUCAGUUUAUCUAGCAAAAUAUGGUAUUUCAUGCGCUGCUUAUCAUGCAGGUUUAAAGAAUGAGUUGAGGAAGUCUGUUUUGGAGGAUUGGUUAAGCUCUAAGAUACAAGUUGUUGUAGCCACAGUAGCUUUUGGGAUGGGUAUAGAUAGAAAAGAUGUCAGGGUUGUUUGCCACUUCAAUAUUCCCAAGUCAAUGGAAGCUUUUUAUCAAGAGUCGGGUAGAGCUGGCCGUGAUCAAUUACCCUCUAAAAGUCUGUUAUACUAUGGACUUGAAGACCGCAGAAGAAUGGAAUUUAUUCUAAGGAAUAGCUCCAGUGCUGAUAAGAAGAUUCUACCAUCUUCAAGCUCCCAAAAGAAGUUAUCGGAGAAAUCCUUAACUGACUUUGCUCAGAUGGUUGAGUAUUGUGAGGGCUCUGGAUGUCGCAGGAAGCAAAUUCUUGAGAGUUUUGGGGAGCAGGUUCCUGCAUCCAUAUGUAGUAAAUCGUGUGAUGCCUGCAAACACCCAAAUACUGUCGCUGCCUAUUUGGAAGAGCUUACUACAACUUGUGCUGUUGGACGAAAUAAUUCAUCUUCUAGAAUUUUUGUCAGCAGCUCAAAUAUGAAUGAUGAGAAAGAGUUUUCUGAAUUUUGGAAUCGCAAAGAUGAAGCAAGUGGAUCUGGAGAAGAUAUAUCUGAUUCUGAUGAUGAUACUGAGGUUGUCAAAAGCCUAGCUGGAACGAAGUCUCUAAAGAAAUCAGGACUAAAUGAAAAGAUAGCACUUCUAGAGCGUGCGGAGGAAAAUUACUACCAGAACAAGAUCUCAGUAAAACAGAAUGAUAAGCAAGACAAGAAUGUUGUAUCUGCUUCAUUUAGGGAAGCUAGCAGGAAAAGAUUAGAGAAUGCUAUUGAACAGGCUCAACAACGGCUUGGGAGCUCUUUUAAGAUUGAAGUGGAAAGAUAUGCUUGUUUCCUUGAGCAUGAGUGCUACGAGAAAUAUGGAAGAACAGGAAAAUCAUUCUAUUAUUCACAAGUGGCCAGUACCAUGAGGUGGCUGUCGACAGCAGAUUCUAAGGAGUUAACCAGUCGGCUUAGGGCUGAGGAGAAUACAGAACUUCCUGCAUUGCCAUCUCCAUCCCCUAUGUUAGAUCUAUCGAAGUCAGAAAAGACUAAUGAAGAAGUUCAUUGCAGCCCUGUAUUGGAAAACCCCGCAAGCAAUUUGUCAAAGCAAAAUGCUUCCCCUGCUGCUGCUGCUGCUGCUCCUCCUUUGCCUCCAAUUCCGUCCUUUGCAGAAUUUGUUAAUGGCAGAAUGGAGAAGGCGAAUCACUCAAAUAAAUCACCAAGGCUCUCGAUUAACAGAGAUGAAAAGGAUCCAGUAAAGAGGACCAGGUUACUGUAGACCGAGUUUCUAAGGUCUCCGAACGUCUUCUUUUGAGGUGUUGCUUGUUUUCUUCAGCCAACUAUGAAGGGGUAGCUGGAAAGAUGAACGAGGAUGUCGUUGUUAAAAAUUCUAGGCUUUUUACUUGGAAACAUUUUGGGGAAUUGGAUACGGAUAGGGUCUCUUAUCAUUUUUCUUGUUUCCUUGUAAUUAGCUCUGAGUGACUUUUGAAUGACAACUGAUCCACCGGGUGAAACCCGAUAGCCAUUGGCCAACAGAUAUAACAAAAUGUUUGAAA